AUGUCAGUUCUGAGGCUCUGCGGCUCAGUCUCCGGCCCCAGUCUCCGGCCCCAGUCUCCGGCCCCAGUCUCCGGCCCCAGUCUCCGGCCCCAGUCUCCGGCCCCAGUCUCCGGCCCCAGUCUCCGGCCCCCAGUCUCCGGCCCCAGUCUCCGGCCCCAGUCUCCGGCCCCAGUCUCCGGCCCCAGUCUCCGGCCCCAGUCUCCGGCCCCAGUCUCCGGCCCCAGUCUCCGGCCCCAGUCUCCGGCCCCAGGCUCCGGCCCCAGGCUCCGGCCCCAGGCUCCGGCCCCAGGCUCCGGCCCCAGUCUCCGGCCCCAGUCUCCGGCCCCAGUCUCCGGCCCCAGUCUCCGGCCCCAGUCUCCGGCCCCAGUCUCCGGCCCCAGUCUCCGGCCCCAGUCUCCGGCCCCAGUCUCCGGCCCCAGUCUCCGGCCCCAGUCUCCGGCCCCAGUCUCCGGCCCCAGUCUCCGGCCCCAGUCUCCGGCCCCAGUCUCCGGCCCCAGUCUCCGGCCCCAGUCUCCGGCCCCAGUCUCCUGCCUCAGUCUCCUGCCUCAGUCUCCUGCCUCAGUCUCCUGCCUCAGUCUCCUGCCUCAGUCUCCUGCCUCAGUCUCUGCCUCAGUCUCUGCCUCAGUCUCCUGCCUCAGUCUCCUGCCUCAGUCUCCUGCCUCAGUCUCCUGCCUCAGUCUCCUGCCUCAGUCUCUGCCUCAGUCUCUGCCUCAGUCUCUGCCUCAGUCUCUGCCUCAGUCUCUGCCUCAGUCUCUGCCUCAGUCUCUGCCUCAGUCUCUGCCUCAGUCUCUGCCUCAGUCUCUGCCUCAGUCUCUGCCUCAGUCUCUGCCUCAGUCUCUGCCUCAGUCUCUGCCUCAGUGA